AUGUACAACGACAGCGCUGCUGCAACCGACUCUCAGCUUUCUCGUCCUCCUCUUGCAUCCAUCCCCGUCCCGAACCAUGGUGCGUCGUCGUUACAGGGCGAACCCGUCAAGCCCCGCCGCGUUUCGGAGCCCCGGCCGCACGAACCUCCUCCACCCAUGCGCGACCCCCGGGACCCUUGGCUUCAGUCGCGUGUCAACGACUUGUCUGUUGAUCUCCUCCCACUACACGGCGGCACGCGGCCAAUGCUGCGCAACGACAUCUCUUCAACCAUGGGCGAGGUCAGGGCGCAGCAGCUCGGCGACGGCGUGCCGAUCCCGGUCCCGACCUUCAUGUCCGCUCUCCAGGCCGCACAAGCAAAUACACUCGACUUUGACCUCGCCCAGCGUCUCGCCCGUCUCGAGGCCGAGGUGCGCAACUUUGCUGCCCACCUCGACCUGAGUGACGUGCGGCUUGACACUGGUGGCCAGAAGCUCGACGUUCUGUCUGCUAUCAUCGACAGGCAAGCUGCUCAAGCGGCCAAGCAGGGUGCCCAGCUGGCCGAGGUAUUGGAGUCUCAGGAGAGGCAGCACGAAGAAGUCGCCGAGCUGAAACGCUUGUUCAAGUCCAUCGUCGCACUCUGCACAUCCACGUCGGAGAAGCUCGAGGAUACCCGCAGCGAGGUUCGCCGUCUCAAAGCACAGCACGCAGAAGAGGCAGCGGCACGGGCACGUCUCGAAACUCGGCUAGCUACCGAGGUGGCGGGCCGUGCGGCACUGGAGGAGAAGCUCAAAAUCACCCAGGCCGAGGUCGCGCGCAUGGCCAGGUUGGCGGGAGAGCCUGUCAGCGAGGAGUUUGGGGGACAUGACUCGGAUUCAUCUCCCGAGCCUGUCAACCGUCGCUUUUCGUGGAUUGAGGCAGCCGACAAGGACAUUGCCAAACGUCGCCGUUCUCUUCAGUCGCCACAGUCUACCGCCGAGAAGGACGCUCAGCGUCGGCGCUCCCUCCAGACUCCUCGGCCAGUGACACCGCCAGAAACACCACGCGUCGCCGAGAUGCCUACCAUUACUGAACUUGCCCCACGCACUCCGGAACCUGCCCCACAGACGCCGGUGACGCCUUCCGCUGUCAAAGUGUAA